UAUAGUCUCAUUGAUGAAAAACUAUGAAUGAAUAGAGACGGAACAUAUUACAAGAGUAAAAGAGAAUUUUCGUAAGCAAAAUUGGAAGAAAAAUGGAUUCUUGAAAUAGAAAAUGUUCCGUUCAGUUACAGUUAAACGUCUCAACUACUAAUGAUCUCACUUCUCUGCCAUCAGCGGCUUCUCUCUUCCUGCAAAGAUCUCACCUUUCUUCUCCAAAUUCAUGCUCGUAUAAUCACCUCAGGCUUUAGUUUCAACAUUUCCACCACAACCCAUCUCAUAAAUUUAUACUCUUCCUUCGAAAAAUGCAAUUUUUCUCGCACCCUUUUCGAUUAUACACCAAACCCACCUGUAAUCUUGUGGAAUUCAAUGAUCAGAGCAUAUAUCAGAACAAAUCGGCAUCAAGAAGCUCUGAAAAUGUACAGUUUAAUGUUGGAAGAAAAGGGUAUUCACCCGGAUAAGUAUACAUUCACUUUUGUGCUGAAAGCUUGUACUUUAAUGUCUGAUUUUGAAAAGGGUAUCAAGAUUCAUGAAGAGAUAGUGAAUAGGAAUCUUGAAAAUGAUGUCUUUAUUGGGACUGGGAUUAUUGAUAUGUAUAAUAAAAUGGGUGAUUUGGAGAGUGCAAGGAAGGUGUUUGAUAAAAUGCCUGAUAAGGAUGUUGUAGUUUGGAAUGCAAUGCUUUCUGGGGUUGCACAGAGUGAAGAGCCGGUUAAGGCUGUUGAUCUUUUCAAGAAGAUGCAAUUUAUUUGUCAGAUUAAUCCUAGUUCAGUGACGUUAUUGAAUUUGCUUCCUGCAGUUUGUAAAUUAAUGGAUAUGAGGGUGUGUAGGUGUAUACAUGGUUAUGUGUAUAGGAGAGUGUUUCCAGUUUCGGUUUAUAAUGCGUUGAUCGAUACGUACUCCAAAUGUAAUUAUUCUAAUGUUGCUCGUCGAGUUUUUAACACGUUGAGGGGGAAAGAUGAUGUUUCAUGGGGCACAAUGAUGGCAGGUUAUGCAUAUAAUGGGAACUUUUAUGAAGUUUUGGAAUUGUUUGAUUGCAUGAAGAGGAUAGGCUUGAAGAUGAGCAAAGUAGCAGCUGUAAGUGCAUUGCUUGGUGCUGGUGAAAUGAGCGAUUUAGAGAGAGGGAUAAAAAUUCAUGAAUGGUCAAUUCAAGAAAUGAUUGAUUCUGAUGUUAUGAUUGCUACUUCUUUGAUGACAAUGUAUGCAAAGUGCGGAGUGCUAGACAAGGCUAGAGAUCUGUUUUGGGGAAUUGGUGAAAGAGAUUUGGUUGCUUGGUCCGCAGCAAUAGCUGCUUUCUCACAAUCAGGAUAUCCUCAAGAGGCGAUAUCUCUGUUUCGAGAUAUGCAGAAUGAGUAUUCACAGCCAAACAAUGUUACUCUGGUGAGCUUAAUCCCAGCCUGUGCUGAGCUAAGGGAAGUGAGAUUAGGAAAGAGUGUCCACUGUCAUGCCAUCAAAGCCAGUAUGGAUUCUGAUAUUUCAACGGGAACUGCCUUGGUUUCCAUGUAUGCUAAGUGCAACCUGUUUACUUCUGCACUUCAUAUUUUCAAUAAGAUGCCACUAACUGAGGUAGUGACAUGGAAUGCUCUAAUUAACGGGUAUGCCCAAAUUGGUGACUGCUAUAAUGCAUUAGAAAUGUUUUGCCAAUUAAGGUUAUCUGGAUUAUACCCAGACCCUGGGACAAUGGUUGGUGUACUUCCAGCUUGCGCCUCCCUUGGUGAUGUACGCUUGGGGACAUGCCUUCAUUGUCAAAUUAUCAGAUACGGGUUUGAGUCAGACUGUCAUGUGAAAAAUGCUCUAAUUGACUUGUAUGCCAAAUGUGGAAAUUUAUCUUUGGCUGAGUUCAUGUUCAACAAAACUGAGUUCUCUAAGGAUGAGGUGUCCUGGAACACUAUGAUUGCAGGAUACAUGCAUAAUGGACUUGCAAAAGAAGCCCUUUCCGCAUUCCAUUCCAUGAAAUUUGAAUCAUUUCAGCCCAAUGUGGUCACGCUUGUGAGCAUCCUGCCUGCGGUGUCACAUUUAACAUACUUGAGAGAGGGCAUGACUAUACAUGCCUACAUAAUCAAGAGUGGCUUUCAGGCCCAUAAGCUUGUAGGGAAUAGUCUUAUCGAUAUGUAUGCCAAAUGUGGUCAACUUGACCUAUCCGAGCGUAUAUUUGAGGAGAUGAAGAACAUUGACAGUGUUUCUUGGAAUGCUUUACUUACAGCAUAUUCUAUGCAUGGGGAAGGUGAUCGUGCUCUUUCUGUUUUCUCUCUAAUGGAAGAGAGAGACAUCGUAGUUGAUUCUAUAUCAUUCCUUAGUGUCUUGUCUGCCUGCAGACAUUCAGGCUUGGUUGAAGAAGGAAGGAAAAUAUUCCACUGCAUGCGUGACAAAUAUCACAUCGAACCAGAUGUGGAACACUAUGCCUGUCUGGUAGACAUGUUAGGACGUGCUGGCUUGUUUAAUGAAAUUAUGGAUCUACUCAACACUAUGCCUAUGGAACCAGAUGGUGGAGUUUGGGGGGCCUUGUUGGAUGCAUCUAGAAUGCAUUCUAAUAUUGAGAUAGCAGAAGUUGCUUUGAAGCAUCUUGUCAAAAUUGAGCGAGGAAAUCCAGCUCAUUAUGUGGUAUUAUCAAGUUUAUAUUCUCAAUCUGGUAGGUGGAACGAUGCAGUUCAUACUAGAGUAAAAAUGAAUGAAAUUGGGUUGAGAAAGAAUCCAGGCUGUAGUUGGGUUGAGGUGAAGUAGGGGACAUUAAAUUUUGUGCAAGCGCAAUAGAGAUUGCCAUUGGUAUUACUCUUUGUUGACCUGGGCUGACGGUGGCAAUCCAACUGGUGAAGAAUCUCCAUGAUUUUACAGGUUACUUAUAUCUUCAAGGUUGAUCCCCAAUAUCUGAAAAUAUGGCAAGCUACAAGCUCCACGCCUCCACCUAAAAAUUGUAGGAUCUACAACUGAUCAUAUGGCUCCUACAGUUGGGGGAAGCAGAACAUGCUUCAUAACAUUACUUCCUCUGACUGGGCACGCAGUUCAAGAAAAUAGUAAAGCCUUCUUUAACUUGUAGUCUAAAACAAGCCAUAUCUAUUUGUGUGGCUUUAACCGUUAAGUCGUUUCACUCAGGGUAAAAUGGAAGUUUAAAGUUGAUUUGUUUCUAAAUAUAGAAGGUUAAUUUUUUGGGGGACAAAUUAAAAAGUUAAGUAUAUAACAUGGAUUGGGACGGAGGGAGUUCACGAAAACGUGAUUCUUAGAUGAAAACGUGAAAAAGGUCAUACAUUUCUUCCUGAAGGAGGAACUAGAGCUACAACUGAUAUAUAAUCGUGUAAGACCUUAAUGUUUUCAACGUCAGAAAGGAUCAACAUGUUACAUGUGUUUAAUUGCUGAAACAUGACCCGAAGCAAAAUGAGAUCUGUAAAUGGCUAUUCAAAGUUGCUAACUUUCAAUUAAAAUACAAUUACAUCUUACAUUUUGUAGAUUUACAUGUGAUUUCUGGUUGGAGAUUUGAACCCCAUUUUGAGUUUCGCUCUUCAAUUGUAGGGAUGGGAAUCUUUCCCUAAUCGUGAUAGCGUUGAGGGCUUAUUUGAAGCUCCAACUUAUAGGCAACAUUUUCUGUAUUUCCAGCGACAACAUAAGUUGGAAAUGAAGUAGUUUGGGUUGUUUAAAGUUCUGAAGCGAAUUGGUGCCGAAAUACACCCAGUUCUCCACAUUUCUUUGCUCAACAAGUGCUUAGGAAUGCCCUACCAACAAGUUACCCUACUGUAGUUACAGGAUGAUAGUCAACAGGAAAAAUCUGUGAACCUUGCGGACAAGGUUCUUAUCGGUGAAGGAGGUAAUGUUAUGACCAUGUCAGUUGGGGGCCUCCAGUCCGCAGCCAGGUCAUUUUUCCUUCAGAAGCUGAAAAUGUGAGGCACACAACAAGUAAAUUAGGAGUAAGGUGAUGAGACCAACAAUUUUUUGGUUGUCUACCCAGUGCCCGGACAGUAUUUUAGUCCGACUAAACUGGGAUUCGUGCUGUUAAGUCUUACAUUGGGGUCAAAGCAUUUCCCAACUAAGGCGACCCCAUAUCCCGGGCUCAAACUAGAGACCUCAUUAGAAAGAGUACUUUCCAUUCCAUCACUAUCUCCGUCUGUAAAUGAGACCAACAUUAGCUAGAAAUAAAUUUCUCUGAGUCAUGUGUAAUUUCUAAAUUCUCCUCUGAUUAUUUUCUGGUUCUCUCUAUCAGUGUCUGUAUUUUGGGUGUCCCAUUUGAGUAUCCAUAUCAAUUGAGUCUAUUCUUAUUGACUUCAUUU